GCUGGAAGUUUGCUCUACAGAGGGCCGGAAGCUGAGUGACGUCAGUUCCGCCAGGGGGACCGGAAGUCGCCACAACCCCGGGGUUUCCUCGGCUGCCGGAGCAGGGGCUCUUCCUUUUCGUCUCGGACAUCUUGGAAGCGGCAACAUGCCUCCUAAAGAUGACAAGAAGAAGAAAGAUGGGGGCAAAGGGGGCAAAAAGGAUAAAGACCCAGUAAACAAAACUGGAGGCAAGGCCAAGAAGAAGAAGUGGUCAAAAGGAAAAGUAAGGGACAAGCUGAACAACUUGAUCCUGUUUGACAAAGCCACAUAUGAUAAACUGUUGAAAGAGGUACCAAACUACAAACUUAUCACGCCUGCAGUCGUCUCCGAAAGACUAAAGAUCAGAGGUUCUCUGGCCAGGGCUGCCCUGCAGGAGCUGCUUGCGAAAGGUAUGAUCAAGCUGGUGUGUAAACACAGAGCACAGGUAAUUUACACACGAAACACCAAGGGAGGGGAUGCACCUGCUGCUGCAGAUGAUGCGUAAACAGGUUCUGGAGUGGAUCCCAAGUGAGAGUAUUUGGAUAACAAUUGUAAAAUAAAAAUAAAAAUGAUGUACUACAA